AAAGCGGAAUCUACACCUUCCCGGCCAGCGGUAGCAACUGCAGAACUGCAGGAGACAAUCUUUCUAGACAAGGCAGUUGAGGAGGAGGGAGCGAUUGGAGUGGGGGGUGGGUUGGCCUGGCGUGCACUCCGCACCUCGGCAACGCUAUUGCGCGUGGAACGGCUGCUUCUGUUAGACUUGCCCAGAAGAAAAGAUGUUUGGUUUUCACAAGCCAAAGAUGUACCGAAGUAUAGAGGGCUGCUGUAUUUGCAGAGCUAAGUCUUCCAGUUCUCGAUUCACUGACAGUAAACGCUAUGAAAAGGACUUCCAGAGCUGUUUUGGGUUGCAUGAAACUCGUUCAGGGGACAUCUGCAAUGCCUGUGUCCUGCUUGUGAAAAGAUGGAAGAAGUUGCCAGCAGGAUCAAAAAAAAAUUGGAAUCAUGUGGUAGAUGCAAGGGCAGGACCCAGUCUAAAGACCACAUUGAAACCAAAGAAAGUGAAAACUCUGUCUGGGAACAGGAUAAAAAGUAACCAGAUCAAUAAACUGCAGAAGGAAUUUAAACGUCAUAAUUCUGAUGCUCACAGUACCACCUCAAGUGCCUCCCCAGCUCAAUCUCCUUGUUACAGUAACCAGUCAGAUGAUGGUUCCGAUACAGAGAUGGCUUCUGGUUCUAAUAGAACACCGGUUUUUUCCUUUUUAGAUCUCACAUACUGGAAAAGACAGAAAAUAUGUUGUGGGAUUAUCUAUAAAGGCCGUUUUGGGGAAGUCCUCAUCGAUACACAUCUGUUCAAGCCUUGCUGCAGCAACAAGAAAGCUGCUGCUGAGAAGCCGGAGGAGCAGGGCCCAGAGCCUCUGCCCAUCUCCACUCAGGAGUGGUGACUGAGGUUCUCAUGUAGAAGGGGAGCAAAAAUGAUUUAAAUUUUGAAAAGACCACAAAGCAACAAACUGACCCUCCUAUUUUUAACUUGGAUACCUGCUAUUCUGCCAAAAGACAACUUUUAGAAUAGUUUUGAGUGGGCUAUUUUUCCCCCCAGUUCCACAAACUCUGAAGCCAGUAUCUAGGUGACUAAAAAAGAAUUGUACAUAAUAUUUAAGAUGCUGAGUAUUUCAUAGGAAAGCUGAAUGCUGCUGUAAAGUGCUCUUUAAGUCUUCUUCUUUUUUUUAAUCCCCUGUAAUGAAUGAAACUAAGGGGAAUUUCAGGGGACAGAGAUGGGAUUUGUUGUAUGAUAAACAGUAUGUAGUUUUAGUCUUUCUCUAUUGAGAAGCAGUGGUUGGGGCAUUUUUAAAGAUGGCUGGCUAUACUUGUUUUCCCUCAUGAUAAUAAUUUUGUCAUAAUACAGUAACAUAGACUUGCCCCUAGAGGUAAUUGUUAAUAAUUUUGAAUAUUAAGGUCUUGCCAAGGUUGUGACAAUUCAAACCUGUACUACUGAUUAUUAAGCAGGACAGACUGAGCUUUCUGUUACAAAUACCUUGACGGAAAAUAUACAGAGAGGUAACUGUGUAUUUUGCAUCCUGUGCCACCUCCCUUCAUAUUAAUAUUUGAGAAAGAUUUUAAUUUAUGGGGUGGUGCCUGUGUCUCAAAGGAGUAGGGCGCCGGCCCCAUACACCGGAGGUGGCGGGUUCAAACCUGCCCUGGCCAAAAAAAAGAAAAAAACUGCAAAAAAGAAAAAAAAAGAUUUUGAUUUAUGUGGAAUUUCUAAAGCAGAGUGAAAGCUCCUCUUAAGGAAAUGACAAGUCUUUAAGAGAGGUGAGACCCCAUAUGAAUAGUACCAAAGUGUUACCACAUGGUAGACAGCAUGAAAAAUGUUUAACUAUCUGAAAAAUAAAAUGUUUAAGUCUUCAGAUGGCACAAAACAAAGGUUAAUGCUUUGGGGGGCAUAUUUCUUAGAGGGCUUGCUGAGUAUGUAAAUAAUUGACUUUUGUUUGUGUUAAAUGACUGUUUGAUGACUUCAUUGAAAAUCUGCACAAUUCAGUUUUAGCUCUGGAUUACUUCAGUUGACCUUUGUGAAGGUUUUAUCUGUGUAGAGUGGAUGUUUAACUUCUUUUAACCUGUUAGGGUUUUUAUUAUUAUUUUUUUCACUCUAUAUUUAAAGUAAAAUUUACUAAAAGAAAAGAGGUGUGUGUUAGUGGUAAGUGGGUUGGUUUUGGUUUGGCUUCUUUUAGUCAGGCUUUUUGGACAUUGAGAUACUGUGCUUGGAGUUCUUCAAUUCUAAAAUCCUCAUUCAAAGCCUCUCUCUUGAACCCAAACCAAAGUGUUCUUAUUGCCUCUUUUCUGAAAGUUCAGGAGAAAAAUAUUACCAGUUCAGACUUUUCAUGAGGGAGGAGUAUUUGCUUGCCUUAUAAUGACAUGAUUAGUUUUUAUUUUUUGAACUGGAUUUUAAAAAUUGGGUAGUAUAACAAUAAGGAGUGAGCCACUUUUUAUGGGCACCCUAUAGUUUUGUAGUUCUUAAUCUAAACAUUUUAUAUUUCCUCCUCUUGGAAAAAGCCUACAUGUGAUAAGCCAUCAUAUGCACAGACUACACAGUUAGUUGGGCCGGCUCGCAUGGCCUUUGAGGUGAAUUACAGGAGUCCAGCCAUGAUCAUCCUCCUGAGUUCUUUUGAAAUGGUUUUUUUUUUUUUUUGUACAUUUUGGCUACAGUAUUGGUGGUAGAAUAUACUAUGAUAUGGAUCAUCUCUACUUCUGUAUUUAUUUAUUUAUUACUAGACCUCAACCACAGUCUUCUUUUUUCCCUUCCACCUCUCUUUGCCUGUAGGAUGUACUGUAUGUAGUCAUGCACUUUGUAUUAAUAUAUUAGAAAUCUACAGAUCUGUUUUGUACUUUUUAUACUGUUGGAUACUUAUAAUCAAAACUUUUACUAGGGUAUUGAAUAAAUUUAGUCUUAUUAGAAAAUAAA